ACAGAAAAAGGAGACAAAAUAGCUCAGAACCAUCCAACAGUCUCCAGCUCUAUCAGCUUGGUCCAGUACUCUUCUUCAUUUCCUUCUUUGUACGGGUAAAUUAUUUAUGGGAUUUGAUUAAUUUUUCUCAGUAACUAAAAAUAUCAUCAGAUGAAUGAUAAAUGCCUCAGACCAUCCAGGUUGAUGGUUUAAAUUCUCCCGCAUUUGAUGGUGUUCUGUCAUUUUCUGCAAUUAAUUCUUUUUAUUAGGUAGUCUGAGUUUGGUUGCAGCUGUUUAAGUUUUUACCUCUGUUCAGUGUAUCGGGAAUUGCUCCCAUUGAUUAUGGGUUGACCUUGACUUUUAUCUUGUUACUGCAUGGUAAAAACGACUCCUUAACUUCCCUUAUUUUACCCUCUCGGAUUGCCUUCUUUGUACUCCGUAGUUGGCAUUCCCAUACAAAAAAUUCCCCUAUAACCAGCUGAGGCCCCACAAUUCCACAAAGGGUUAUCUGGGUUUGAAUCAGAUUCUUUGAUAGGGGAUGGAGUUCUAGGAAGGAAUUUUGUUUGCUGAAAAUAUGGGUGGCUGUGUUUCUAUCCCGACUGACACGAUAAAAUCGCAAAGAUUGGCCCUCCCGAAGUGUCACGGGCUUCGCCGGAAGAGGAGACGGCCUUGUGGCGUUUCUGUUGCACCAAUAGAACAGUUUUCCUAUGGUGCUGAUUUUCUGAGAGAUUUUGAGGCAAAUGAUGUGCUUGUUUCACCAGAAAAUGAUGAAGAAUGGAGGGGGAGAGCUAGUUUUCAUAACAUUCCUAGCCAACAAGUUGAAAGUGGGCUAUGUCAAGAUGAAGACUGGUUUGAAUCAAAUAGUGUCCUUGAUUCUGAUUCUGAUGAAGACUAUAGCAGUGUUCAUGGAGAAUUUUGUCCAUCAUCGGGCAACACAGCCGGGAGCAUAGUGCCAAACCAAGCAGCCCCUUUGAAUGAAGGAGACAGAUUUCCUGAGCUUUGUACACCUAAAAGAUUUAAGUGUCGUCGUAGAGCGGGACAGAUCAUUGCGUGCUCUAAGGAUGGUGAGAAAGCAACUCAAGGGUGUUGGCUUCCAAUAUCGCCGUCUGUCUUUAAACUUCGGGGAGAGAGUUACUUCAGAGAUAAAAGGAAAGGGGUUGCACCAAACUAUUGUCCUUAUGUCCCUUUUGGUGUUGAUCUAUUUGCUUGCUCCCAGAAGAUAUCUCACAUUGCUCAACAUCUUCAACUUCCUAGUGUAGAUCCACACGAUAAAGUUCCAUCUUUUCUUGUCAUUAAUAUACAGAUACCUACAUAUCCUGCUUCCUUGUUCGUGGGAGAUGGUGAUGGAGAAGGAUUAAGCCUCGUCUUGUAUUUCCGGAUUUCAGAGACUUUCGAUGAAGAGAUUUCGAUGCAGUUUCAAGACAGCAUAAAGAGACUUGUGACAGAUGAGAUGGAAACCGUCAAGGGAUUUGCAAAAGAUUCAUCAGUGUCUUACCGAGAGAGACUAAAAUUUUUGGUUAGUGUGGUUAAUCAUGAAGAGCUCCGCCUAAGCACUGCAGAAAAGAAACUUGUGCAUGCUUACAACAAUAAGCCCGUACUUACGCGACCUCAACAUGCUUUCUAUAAGGGUCCGAAUUACUUGGAAAUCGACAUAGACGUUCAUCGGUUCAGCUACAUUUCUAGGAAAGGACUUGAUGCAUUUCGGGAGCGGUUGAGACAUGGGGUACUUGAUCUUGGGCUUACCAUCCAGGCACAGAAGCCAGAGGAGCUGCCUGAGAAAGUAUUGUGCAACAUUCGACUGAACAGAAUAGAUUUUGUAAAUAAUGGCCAGAUACCUCUAUUUGCACCCGUAUAUAUAUAGUUAAUUGGGGGUAAACAAGGUUAUUAAUAGUUGCAUUAUAUUGUUAUCAACCCACUAUAAAUUCAUUGGAGGAGCCCCCAGGAGGUGAUUAAUAAAAUAAUUGUAUAAUUAUAUUGGUCACAUUUUGUUUAAUUAGUCCUAUACUCCUAUUCGAUAAUGACGUGAGUGGGAGUGAAAACUGUCGAGCUAUGUAAUAAAUGUUGAAAUCUCACAAUUUUUUCGAGCCAGGGUGUGUGGCGCCAGUGGGUAAUUCCAUCUUUUAAGCGCAAUGGUUAAAAACUUGAAACGCUAUUGUACUAUGUUGUGCUAGAAAAUACAUUAUUUUCAUCGAAUCAAUUUUCAUCGGGAU